AUGAUUUUCUAUUUUAAUAUCAAAUAACAAACGUUAGCAAAUGAUGAUCGUGCUUCGGAAUGUUCAUCACAAGCUAGUUCUAAACCACCUAUAUAUCCUUUAACACCAACAAGUCAAACACGACAUGGUUAUACAAAUAUUGGAUUAAAACAACGUGAAUUACGAACUAAACUACACAAAACACGAUAUGCACAAUCAUUAAGACAAACAAAUAUAUCACCAACAAUCUAUGAUUCUCCAUCGUCACGACGUACACCAACAUCAUCACCACAUCGACCACAAAUAUCAAUGCCAAUGACAUCAAAUAAAACGAAUGAAUUAAAUAAUGAACGAAGGAAUAUUAAUGAUGAUGAUGAAAAUGAUUCACUUUUUAGUGAACUACGAAUGAGUUUAAUACCGAGUAGUAAUUUUAGUCAAAAUGAUGCAAGAUUACCACCACCAGUACCAUCGAAUACGACAAAUAAAAUUACUGAAUCAAAAAUGAAUGGAACAAAAAAUUCCACAUUACAAACAACACCAACAACUCUAUCAAUAGAAGAACGUCGAGUACAAGAAUCAUUAGAUCGACUUGAUCGACAAUUGAAAGAAGUUCAAGCAAAAGUUCGAUCUAAUUCUAAUACAAGAAUACAAAAAAAUCGAAAACGAUAA